AUGGGGGCCGAGACCGUGAGGAAGGGGGAGUGUGGGGCGCGGCAAGGGAUGAAUUUGCAGAGCGAGGGGCCCGCUGCCCGCUCCCGGCCUUCGGAGCUCAGGUUCCCCGUGGUUUUAGCCACCGAGGGACUGACCCCUGGUCCCCGGCUCCGCUGCACAGGUCGGAGAUUUCGUCUGCACACGGAAUGGGGAGUCCUCCACCAGCACCUGAAGCGCCCCGAGCAGGCCGUGAGGUGCAUCGCGGAAGGGCUGGCGGACCCGGACGUACGGACCGGACACCGCCUGUCGCUGUACCAGAGGGCCGUGCGCCUGAGAGAGUCCCCGAGCUGUCACAGGGUCAGGCACCUCUUCCGCCAGCUGCCGGAAGUGACCGUGGACGACGUGAAGCACGUGACCAUCUCGGGCCGGCUGUGCCCGCAGCACGGGAUGGGCAAGUCCGUGUUUGUGAUGGAGGCCGGGGGGCCCGCCCCGGCCACCGCCCUGUGCUCCGUGGAAGAGCUGGCCCUGGACCAUUACCGACGCAGUGGCUUCGACCGAGGCAUCCACGGGGAAGGGUCCACCUUCACCACGCUGUACGGCCUCCUCCUGUGGGACGUCAUCUUCAUGGACGGGGUGCCCGACGCCUUCAGGAACGCCUACCAGGCGCUCCCGCUGGACCUCUGCACGGACAGCUUCUUCGCCAGCAGGCGGCCGGCCAUCGAGGCCCGGCUGCAGCUGAUCCACCACGCCCCGGCCGAGAGCCUGCGGGCCUGGGUGGCCGCCACGUGGCAGGCCCAGCACGGCCGAGCGGCUUCCAUCGUCAGCUGGGACCGCUUCGCAUCUCUGCAGCAGGCGCAGGACCUCGUCUCCUGCCUGGGGGGCCGCGUCCUCAGCGGCGUGUGCCGGCGUCUGGCCACAGACUUCCGCCACUGCCGGGGGGGCCUCCCGGACCUGGUCGUGUGGAGCUCCCGGGACCGCCGCUUCAAGCUGGUGGAAGUGAAGGGCCCCAGUGACCGGCUGUCACACAAGCAGAUGACCUGGCUGCACGAGCUGCAGAAGCUGGGGGCGGACGUGGAAGUCUGCCACGUGGCUGCGGUUGGCGCCAAGAGCAAAAGCGUGGCCUAGGCCGGCGCUGGGGACCUCUCGUCAGACGCGCGUCUGAGGUUCUCAAAGCAUCGAUUACGUUUUAUUUAGUUUGGACUUUGUUAUCGUCACUAAUAAAGCGGACAGUAAACUCGG